UUUUCACGGUCGCCGGCAAUGCCUACGCGUGCUGUUCGCGUGAAAAAGAUCCAUUUGUGUACGUACGCAAGCUCGUCGCUUUCUUGACUCUAAAUUAAGGAUUUUCUUGUUUCCGCUGUUGCUCGUCUAUUUGGUGUUGUCGUGUAUUUCGGUGUAGUUAAAUUCUCCUUUACAUACGCAUCCCCCAGCUCCAGAUGGUGAUCGUCGGCGCCGUCCCGCACGAGCGGGGUUUUAACCAGCAGGAACUCCAAAAUUACCCACCGUCUACAUCUAGCGGUGUUCGUGUAGAAACCGGCCGCUUCGCCUCCUCCUCCUCGAGCUCAUCAACAGCACCACAGUACCCCACCAAUUACAAUGCCAACCCCUACUCAACAUCAACCCGAAACACCCCUUCCUACCGGCAGAACCAGUCCAGCCCCUCCCUCACUAAACGCAUCAAAAAUUUUCUCCAACUCCACUGUCGGGACUUCAAGGCGCCAUUUAAGGUUUUGAUUGAAAAAACCUGCUGGUGUUACCCUUCCAACCAGUUGAAGAAGAAAAGAUCGCUGUAUCAUCAACUGGUGGAGCUCGAGGAAAACGAGGAGGAUUGUACAACAGCCUCACCAGUUUUGUUGGAGACGCAAUACUAUGCAUUGCAAAAGCAUUGCACUAGUGCUGUGGAUCGCAUGACAAAUUAGCUCAGUUGUAUGAGUAGAUAUGGAAUCUGUCAUGCUGAAUUGCCUUGGGAUGGAGGUUUGUAAUGCAUGACAGCGAUUACUACCACGAGUGCGAUACUUUUCUUUGCGGUGGAUAAAUGCUUGGUGGAUAAGGUCGGAGAUUUCUUCAUCUACCUCGCGAUGGCGUUGAUGGGCUUUUUUCUCGUGAAGGUGAUCUUGCAAGACAAUGAUAACAACGCGAACAAGACCGGCGUGAAGAUAAAAGACGAUCCCGGAAUUGAGAAGCAUCCUUUCGAGGUUUUCGAUUUUGAGUAUCCUGUGCAAAAGUAUCGUACUCGUAGUAAUCGCCAUCGCGGUCAUGCAUUACAAAUCUCCUUCUCAACCUAUAUCCGCAUUACAAAUUUCAUUUUUCAUGCUGAGGGAAUUUGUCAUGCGAUUACUAUAUAUUAUAUUCAUGCGAAAAAAGAGGUAGACAGAGGGUAAACAAGAGGUGGCCGAGAGGUCAAAAAGAGGGCAAAAGAGGUAAAAAAGAGGUCGACAGAGGUGGAGAGGUGGCGCGGGACCCCUUUCGAGAGGGUCGGCGAGAGGGUGCGCGAGUAUAGCCCGCCGAAGGACCCACCUUAAGGCGGCGCCUAAGUGCCUCAGAGGGUGCAGAGAGGUCAAAAAGAGGGGGCGCGGGAGGUCGACAGAGGUCGAGAGAGGUGGCGCGAAUAAGGGCCAACCUCUCGCGCACCCUGUCGGCCACCUCUGGGCCACCUCUGUCGACCUCUACCCUCGAGUAUAGCCGGACUAUUAGCGGGGACCCCCAAAAGAGGUAAAAAAGAGGGUCUGCGAGAGGUCUGCGAGAGGGUAAAAACACAGAGUAGCGGGCGCGAAUCCGCAUGGGAGUCCCCACAUUUAGCGUUGCAGGCUCUUCGCGGAGUUGUUUUGUUCGGCGCCUGUCCCCGCCACCCUCUCGCGCACCCUCUCGCGCCACCCUCUUGCGCCACCCUCUCGCGCACCCUCUCGCGCCACCCGCUCGCGCGACCCUCUCGCGCCACCCUCCCGCGCCACCCUCUCGCGCCGGGCGGCUUCUUUUCGCCCCCGGUGUUCUUUGCAGCUGCUCCCUGCGCAGAGCGCCCACAGGCGCGGGAGGCGCGCAAGUGGUCCGGCGGGUUGGCGCGGCGCAAACUCCAGCAUGCUUCGUUGUGCACAGGCCCGUGGCGUUGUGGUCCGAUCGGCAAACUAUCUUGCCCCGGCCCAACAGCCUUGCGCUCCGGCGGCAGCCGGAGCAUGGCUGGUUUCUACUAGUGCGAUGCUUUUGCAUUUCAUAUUGGGCGGGACGCGCCGAUCUUGAUUAUGGAAGCGUCAGGUUUGAGAUCGACAAAGUUGAAAAGAUUUGUCAUGCAUAAAAUGGAUACCAGUUGGAAGCCCCAUUUCCAAGCGGCGCAUGACAAAUUUUCGGAGCACUGGAAUCCAAUUUGUCAUGCUGCUUGGGCGCAGAAGACUGCUUUUGUCAUGCUACUUUAGCAGUUCUACCUCUAUCCCAAACCCAAACCCUGAAUAGGCUCACAAUCUGCCUCACUUGCCAUCCCGGCAAGACAGGCACUUCAUGCCUUGCAUUUUAUGCAUGGCAAAUCAUUUCAUUUUCAACCUUGACGAUUUCAAUCCUGACAGAUCCAUAUUGAUUUUGGUGACCAUAUGCGAGAUUUUGUUUUGCGGGGCGAGUUGCAAAGCCGCGGCAAGUAUGUUCCGCACGCGCGAGCACGCCCUGAAACACCCCCGGACGAAGUUGAUAGCGGCGAACGCGAUAAGUCGCAGCUCUGCUUCGGCGGAUGUUCGCGGUGCAACUGCUCCUGCAGUUGUAACAAUCGGCACAACUACCUCAGCAACUACUCGCGGGCAGCCAGCUGCUGGUAAUGGUAUUGCUAGUAACACAUCUACUACACAACUCCCAUCUGCCACCGACGUCAUCCCCAUUUUCCUAGAGAGAGCGAAUUUAGCGGAAAAGUGGGGCAUUCUGUACCGGCCGAGUUCGGAUGGCUUGGAGUGCCUGUUGGUUGACGGGAUAUCGUGAGAAAAAAGUGUUACAGUUACACAUUGUGUUGCAGGCCAAGCAAGACAGACAAGCUCUGUCAUGCCGGAUAUGCACAGCAGCCUCGUUUCAUAGGUGUUUUCCCGUAGGAUUUCUGCAUUGCAAGUUUUCUUUCUCAUGCAGAUAAAUUUGUGUUGCUGAAUUGACAUACAAAUGUGGAACUGUAACACUUUUUUCUUUGCAUACGGGGUUGUGGAUUAUCAAUACGACUUGGGCCCCAGUAGCACAUCAUCUUCAACUUCAGGGCAGCCAACUGCGUUUCUAUCGCAAGCAGCCACAACUUCGCAACUCACCCCGGCCGCAGUCUGGAACCAAAAGUUUAACGCCUACUUAGCAGCAGACAGCGCGAGGUUCGGAGUGCUUCAAUUUGGGCCAAGGAAUAGGGUAUCAACUGCACCAAAUAUGUCUUGGUCUGGAAGAAUUGGGGAGUUUGUCAUGCGGAUUUUACAUGACACACGAUAUCAGCCAUGCACACUCUAGCAUCAACACAGGUUGCAGCGCGAAGGCUUGGUCAUCCCAAUCCUGCAUUAGAAAUGCCCUCUACUUCGGGUUGCUGCAAGAGUCUCCGUUGCUUUUGCUGCUCAUGCAAUACAGAUUUUUUCAUCAUCGAAAGUUAGCAUCACAAGUUUCAUUCUCUCCAGACCAAGAUGACACAUUUGCAUUUGAUAUAGCGAGAUAGAUUUCUCGUUAGACCACGACUUGGCGAUAUUGGCGGUCAACGAUUGCUAUGCACUGCAAAAGCAUCGUACUCGUAGUAAUUGCUUUUAUGCAUGACAAAUUUCUGUCCCAAGCCGAAUCCGCAUUAGAAAUUUCAUUUCUCAUGCUGAGAAAAUUUGUCAUGCGGUUCAUACUAGUGCGAUCAUGCUUUUGCAGUGCAUAAUUGCCACGCGGACGUUUUCUCCAUGCAGAAGGAGUUGCUCACGAGUUUUUCCGUAGCUUUGUAUUGCCGGCGAAUCAACAAAGACACCAUUCAUAUGGAGAGAAAAAAGUUUGUCACAGUCACUAACUUGCAGGUUUUGCAUUACAAAUUUUCUUAGCAUCACAAACUUUCCUUGUAUUGCAGAAACACUAGGGAAAUCCCUUACGAAGUUUGGCUGUGAUGCAUUUUUACGCAUGACAGCCAAUUUUGUAUUGCAAAAAUGCGCAUGAGUGAUCGUGACGAACUUUUUUUGUUUGAUAAUUCACGAGAUGGAUAGUGGAAAUAAUAGAACGGGUUCAACGUCUACUAACGACGUGCUCCGUCCUCCAGUCGGCGCAAGCAGUGACGAUAUUUCUUCACGAAGGGAUGUUGAUCAACAGAUGGGUGCGAGUCACUUUCGGAACCCUUCUUCCGUGAUGGUUCUCAUGGACCACAGAGUAACUACAACGAAUGGAGAAACAAACGAGAAUGGAGAUGAAGGCAACGGCACAAGCACCAUAAGCAACACCACCAUGCAGCGAAUCAGCGAAACAAGAACUGACCAGGAACAGCAGCAAUCCACUUUAUCCAGAACCUUCUCCAUCACCAGUUUUGAGGAUGAAGACCUGGUAACGCUGUAUCAACUGCAAACAUGUCAAUGAAUGUCUGGGUCGGGAGAAAUUAUUAAACCUGUGUUGCGUGGGUGUCAAACAUAAUGAAAUUGAAAAAUCUGUAUUGCAUGAACAGCAAAAGCUCGACACUUUCGCCAUGCAAAGUCGCAGUUUGCAAUGCGUGCUGCGCAUGAGAAAACGAUUGAAAAUCUUGGACAGAAAUUUGUCAUGCUUCAGUGCACUUAAUGGCGCACUCAAUCAUGAUCAUUCAGCAUUACAAGUUUCCAGACCCGGACGUGUAAUUUGCAUUGCAUUCACUAAGCCGCUGGAUUAUUUGCGGAAUGAUUUUCGGAUGGAUCACCCUGAUCCCAACGUUUAUGGAAGCGUCAGGUUUGAAAUCGUCACAGUUGAAAUAAUUUGUAAUGCAUGAAAUGCAUGACGCGAGGCAUGUGUAUUGCAGAGCAGGCAAGUGAGGCCGAUUGUAAGCCUGUUUGGGGUUAGAGCUCGAGCUGCUAAAGUAGCAUGAGAAAAUCCCUCUUCUUUGCCUAAACAGCAUGACAAACUGGAUUUAAGGACCACCAAAAUUUGUCAUGCGCCACUUGGAAACUGGGUUCCAACUGGCAUCCAUUCCAUGCAUGGCAAACUAUUUCAACUUUGUCAAUUAUUUCAAUCCUGACACAUCCAUAACGCUGCUGAUCAAACCGCACUUCUUCAAGAGGCGGCAGCAAUUGUUUCGAGAGGUUUUUCUGAAUGCGGGCGGAGCAGCGUCCUCAGGAUUCAACCUUUUCGUCAACAAUUGGAAGAACUUCAUUCUCCCACUCUGGCUUUUUCUCUGGGUGGUCGACGGGAUAGAAAUAAUGGCACAUGUGCGCUUGUUGGGCCCGCCGUUUGUGUACUUCCUGUCCACGCACGUGGUUUUGGCGAGUGUGGUCGUAGUGUUGGGGAUGCGGUUAUGAUCCACAAAAGAAGACCCCAUCUUGUUCAUCCAUUUUUUGCAUGACAGGUACGGGAUUUUAUGGAUGUUUUGCAUGGCAAAUUCGAUGGGAAUGGGUGCUUUUUUUCUGGAUAACGGCUGCAGCAGAAGGAUGAGGAAUUGGUUUUGGAACAGAGGCGGAUUCGGGACGGGGAGUUUCUACUUGGCAGAAUUUCUAUCCUGUGCAGCAAAGUAUCGUACUCGUAGUAGUUGCAGUCAUGCACUACAAAUCUCCAUCCCAACGCAAAACAGCAUGACAAAUUCCAUUUGUCAUGCUGAGCUAAUAAUUUGUAUUGCAAUUACUACUACGUGCGAUGCAUUUGCAGUUCAUAAUUUCUCAUGCUGGACAAGAAGACGUUGGCGUUGCUGUAGCGGUCGAGGAAACCACCUCCUCUUCAUCCUCGGCAGCAGGUGAUGCUGACGGGGACCCCGGCGGAAAAAAGGAGAGCGAGGUAGAGAAAAGAUGUGAUGCUAGUACAACAUCUUGUUCAUUCCCGCUACGACCGGUCAGAACAGCGCCAGGACUCUUUGUUGCUAAACAACACUUUGGUCGUUUGUGACGGCAUAAGCUGUAGAAAAUGAAAGCAAAAACCCUUAAAUUCCCAUGCUGGUCUUCCCAAUUUCUCGUCCCAUUUAUCCACUUACUUACAAAAAAAAUGAAGAGGAACAAGUAUUGAACAUCUAUGCCACAUUACUUAGGUGUCCACCACUAUCACAAUCCUGACCCGAGACGGCAUAAUCUUCUACGACCCACGCAAGAACUUCAGGCGAAUUAAAGAUCCCAACCAGCUUCUUCGCGGGAUAUCAACUGCAAAUAUGUCUGGGUGUGGAAGAAUGCAAGUUUGUCAUGCUUGUCCCACAUGAUGACUCUUGAAGCUGUAAUGCGUGAGCAGGAAAAGUAGUGCCUUUUGCCUGUCGUGAAAAAAUGUAGUUUGUCAUGCGGAAAGCGAAACACAAAGGAGCCCAGAAACUUGUCUUGCGUAGCUGCCUAUCGCAGUGUUAUUACAAUUCAUAAAUUAGCAUCACAAGUUUCCAGACCCAGACAUAUUUGCAUUUGAUAUGGGAUAGCGGAGAACCACCCUGAGAUCGUCAAUUAUAAUUCCGCAGAAACUACGAUAGCAGGAGCUCCUGCUAACCAAGAGAAUCAACUGACACAGGGUAGUAGUACCUUCAAGGCGAGUUUUGUGCCGAAAAAGAUAGAGCUGGAGAGGAAAACUAUCGGGGGUGAUCAACAUUUGGGGCAGGACGAUCCAGAAGCGAGAAUUAUGUACCGAGAUUUGCAAACGGACAUCUUAUUUGCGGAUGAUGUGGACGGUACGUUGGAAUCUCUUCUAGAAGACGGUGGAACAUCAAGACAGAGACAGACAAAAGCAAAACUCGGAACAUCUUCUAGCAAUGCCAAUGACCAUCAAACAUCGUCAUCACCCUCUACUGGUGUUCUUGGCUCCACCACCGCAUCACAAACCACCAAAAUCUGCGAAGAACCCGCGCCGAUUCUCCUCCGGGAGCUUCUGAUCUCCAACCCAUUUGGGAUUGUGUGGAUAGGGUUAUUUCUGUCUCUGACGAUCAUUCUGUCGCAAUUACUCUACCCACUGCAGACGAAGCGAGGGAAAUUGGCACAAAGUUACCUGCUAACCAUGUACUCUUCUCUACUGUCCCUCCAGCUGUUCGGUUUGAUUGUGAUCUUGAACAUGAAAUUUGAGAAUUUGCCGACGACGUACUUACACGCGUUUCUGCUCCUGUUCUCCUACCCCUGUUUGUGCAGCUACUGUGUCUGCUUGUGUUGCUCGGCGAACUACUCCCGGGCGGACAUGUUGUUGGUUUUGGAUCAGAGGAAAGCGGGAUUGAUGACGGGGAGAUUUGAUAGUGUUGGUGAGGGUUUUGGGAGUAGCAGCGGUGGUGUGGUGGAAGAUGGAGGAAGCGCAGCAACAACAGCUGCGAAUGGAAGUCGUGUAGUUGCAACAAGAAAUGCGAGUGCGAAUACAAAUGAGCUGAACGUUGACAAGCAUUUGGAAGCAAUAUUAGCGGAGGAAAGUAAUAGUCGGGAAGGAAUGUUGAGUUACUAUGUGUAGCUGAAAAUGAAAAUAUCGUGUUGGCGACGGACCAAGACUGUCGUCGUCAGUGCGAAGAAAAGCGCGUGCAU